AAGGGAGAUGCCUGAAAUACAAAUAAUCCCUAUUAGCCGUUGCUAACACCCGACAAUGGAACCGCUGGGAGCAACCACGGUGUUCCUGGUCAUUUGUGUCUCUUGCCUUCUCUUCCUCUCCACAUGGAGAAAGAUGCCUGGAAGUGGGAAGCUGCCGCCCGGGCCUGUUGCUUUCCCCCUCGUUGGGAACAUGCUGCAGCUGAGAAAGAAGAGCUUGCCCCUGCAUGUAGAGGAGCUCAGUAGAACGUAUGGCCCGAUUUUCACGAUCUACUUGGGCUCCGAGCGGGUUGUGGUGCUGCAUGGAUAUGACAUUGUGAAGGAAGCUCUGGUUGGUCUCGGGGACGAGUUCAGUGGAAGAGGAAGCAUGCCAUUAUUCGAGAGAGCUGCCCAAAGAUCAGGUAUCGCUUUCACCAACGGGGAGCAGUGGAGACAGCUCCGGCGAUUUGCCAUCACAACUCUGAGAGAUUUUGGGAUGGGGAAGAAAAGCAUUGAGGAGCGGAUCCAGGAGGAAACCCGUUUUAUGGUGGAAAGACUCAGAAACACACACGGGCGGCCCUUUGACCCCAGGCUCUUCCUCACCCACGUCUUCUCCAACGUCAUCUGCUCCAUCGUCUUCGGGGACCGGUUUGACUACGAAGAUGAGAACUUUGUUACUUUGAUUAGUCUCAUCUUGGAAAAUGGCAAACUCCAUCAAUCUCCCUGGGCAGCGCUAUACAGUUUUUUCCCAACGAUCAUGGAAUAUGUCCCUGGGCCUCACCACGGGGUAUUUAAAAAUUAUGAGGAGUUUAGAAGAUUUGUUGGGGAGAGAGUGAACACGCAUAAAGCGUCUCUGGAUCCUAAUUGCCCUCGGGACUUCAUCGAUGCUUUCCUCAUCAAAGUCGAAGAGGAGCAAAAGAAUGGUGACUCGGUAUUUACAGAAGAAUGUUUGGUAGGAAGCACGGUUGAUUUAUUUGUAGGUGGAACAGGGACAUCUAGCAUCACUCUAUACUUUGGACUUCUGGUUCUUCUGAAAUUCCCAGAAAUAGAAGAGAAAGUUCACGAAGAGAUUGACCGUGUGAUUGGCCGAAGCCGAAGCCCCAGCAUGGCGGAUCGAAGCCAGAUGCCCUACACAGAUGCUGUGUUACAUGAAAUCCAGAGAUUCCUUGCCAUUGUGCCUCUAGGUAUCCCACAUGCUGUGACUAAGGAUGUUCAUCUCAAGCAGUACGUGAUUCCCAAGGACACCACGAUAUUCCCUGCACUGAAGUCAGUUCUGUAUGACAACAAGGAAUUUCCAAAUCCAGAGCAAUUCAACCCGGGACACUUCUUGGACAAAAAUGGAGCCUUUAAGAAGAGUGACUACUUCAUGCCUUUUUCUGCAGGGAAACGGAUCUGCUUGGGAGAGGGCCUGGCUCGCAUGGAGCUCUUUUUGAUACUCACAGCGAUUUUACAGAACUUCACCUUGAAACCCGUGGUUGAACCCAAAGAUAUUGAUAUUACUCCACUAACAACUUUUGUGGGAAAUGUACCAAAACCGUUUGAGCUCCGUGUUCUUUACCGGUAAAGGUUACCUCAGUACAUGGGCAGCGCGUGUGGUAGGCACAGGAAUGCGGUAUCUACACACAGCUGAUGCUGAUGCUGGGGCUGUGGUAGCCAUGACUCUUCCCUUCCCUAUCUUCCAUGCUAGCAGAAGUUUUUAUUAUAGUUCAUGCAUGUUCCAGGGUGACUGGGGAGGCCUUAUUUGCUAUUCAGCUUCCUGGUGUCUUGUACUUCCUGUAUCCAUACCAGUGAACCUGGGGGGCAGAGUGGCAGAUAGCCUCCUAAGCUGCCCCAGAACCUGCAUACAACAUAAAAGCGCAAGUUUGUUCUGUCACUUCCAGCAGGAGAUGGUGGAACACGCUAGACCCUCCGGAGACCCCAGGUGCUGGACUCCUUGCUUUGUAUUUUCUUUCCUUCCCUCCCUGCUAGGCCCCUCACUCAUCCUCUAUCCCUGCCUGGCUGCUGGGCACCCCUUCCAGCUUCUUAGGUAGCUUAAUUGUCUGAAUAACAAGCCUUGUGGAUAAGAGGGAAGCAGUAGACCUGGUAUGUCUAGAUUGUAGUAAAGCAUGUAAUAUGGUCUCGCAUGAUCAUCUCAUUAAUAAAACGGGGAAAUAUAAUGUCAAUGGGGCUACUUUAAGGUGGGUGCAUAACCGGUUGGAUAACCACUGUGCGUGAGUUGCCAUCAAUACUGGAAGGGCAUAGUGAGUGGGGUUCUGCAGGGAUCUGUUUUGGGACCAGUUCUGAGCUAUAGUUUCAUCAAUCAUUAAAUGAUGGCAUAGAGGGUACACUUAGAAGGUUUGCAGAGGAUACCAACCUAGGUGGGGUUGCAAACAGUGUUCCCUGGAAACUGCAGGGCAGCUCAGACAUGCAGCUGAUUAAUUAGCCCUGUCCGGUCAGGGGCUGAGGGCUCCAUGCAGGGAGGAUGGUGCAGAUUAAGCAGCUGCGGGUCUAUGUUACCCUAGAGCGUAGAAGGAACAUUCAAUACAGUUUC